GAAGAGACGGAGGGAAGGCAGGAAGGUGGACGGCGUCGGAGGAGGCGGGCGCGGUCCGAGGCCAGAAGAAGGACCCUCGGGGGCUUCCGUCCUCCCUCAGAGUCGAGGCCGAGGCCGGAGGAGAAGGCUGAGUUCACGCGCUUCUUGUGGAUUUCAGUGGCUUCUCUGUGUCGCCUGACGUGGUGGUUGUGAGAGUGGUCCAGCCUUUCUGUGUCCUCAAAUAAUAUGCUCUGUCCAGGCCCUGCAGAGCACGAUGGAAAGCCGAACUGGGGUCCGACGUCCCCUCCGAGGGUCUUUCUAGCCUCUGGGUUUGCUGCCCUGGGAUUGAGGACUGUCCUGGAUGCGUGGGUCCACCCCGCUGCCUGAGGAUGAUGGUGCUGGAACGAGGAUCGAGAUAGAGACGGCUCCCUUCCUGGCAGGAAACGGCUAAGCGAAGCAUCCCUCCAUGGUUUCUGCGCUCUUCCAGAGUCUGCUCUCUUCCUACCUAUAUAAGAUUUACAAAGGAAUGUUUACAAAGAAAUUGGGGAACAGUACAAAGAGGAAAGAGAGCUGCCAGAGCAAAAAGGAGCCGCUAGAGGUCCCUCAGCCGGGCCCGACCAAGAGCCCCACGUUCUCCAAAACCCUAAAGAGCACCGUCCGGAAGAUCGCCAAGUGCUCCUCCGCCCGCAACCUCUCCACUGAAGAGGAGGCUGGCAGCCAGGAGUUCUCCCUCUCGCCCACCUUCAGCUACCGGGUGGCCAUCGCCAACGGCCUGCAGAGGAGCCUCUUCACCUCCCACAAGCAUGAGGACCUCCCCCCGGACCCCUCCUCCAACGAGAGCUCCUUCUCCGACUCGCUGAGUGAAGCCAGGAGUGCUGGCCGGGAGCCUUCGUCGCACACGAUGCCUGUGCGGCGCAACCGGAAGAGCCUGAGCAGCCUGGCCCCCUCGGACGGCAGCUCCGAUGGGGAGCGCACCCUGCACAGCCUGAAGCUGGGCGCGCUGAGGAAGCUGCGGAAAUGGAAGAAGAGCCAGGAGUGCGUCUCCUCCGACUCAGAGCUCAGCGCCUGGAAGAAGGCCUGGGGCCUGCGGAGCAAGUCCCUCGACCGGACCGCCCGCCCGCCCAAGGCCAGCCCCACCGAGCCCAGCUUCAGCUCCACAGGGUGCAUCAGCCAGACCCACGAUGUGAUGGAGAUGAUCUUCAAGGAGCUCCAGGGCAUCAGCCAGAUCGAGACGGAGCUCUCGGAGCUGCGGGGCCACGUCAAUGCCCUCAAGCAGUCCAUUGACGAGAUCUCCAGCAGCGUGGAGGUGGUCCAAAGUGAGAUCGAGCAGCUGCGGACCGGGUUCGUGCAGUCGCGGCGGGAGACACGGGACAUCCACGACUACAUCAAGCAGAUUGGGCAGGUGGGUGGCAAGGCCAGCCUGCGCUUCCUGAAUGUCCCUGAGGAGAAGUGCGAGAACGUGGAGCGCGUGGUGCACCGGAUUUUGGCAGAGAAGAUGGGCUUCUCAGAGACGCAGAACACAGUGAAGGUCGAGUUCGCCCACCGGGUGGGACCGCAGAGGGACUGCCCCAACGCCAAGCCCCGGCCCAUCCUGGCCUACUUUGAGACCCCGCAGCAGAGGGACCUGGUCCUGAAGAAGUCCUACAAGCUCAAAGGGACUGGCAUCAGCGUCUCGACGGACCUGCUGUCUUCUCAUGAGGUGAGAGAGAAGAAGGAGAGGAGCCUGCCUUCCUCGCAGACGUACGAGAGCAUGGAUAUGAAGCCGCCGGCUGCGGAGGGGAGAGCCAAGAAGCAUGCCUGGGAGUCCCCCGACAGCAGCAGCGACAGAGAACUGGAGCCCGAUAUCAACCGGAACAGUUACGCAAAGAUCUCCAAGUCGGCCCCGCAGAUGAAGAGGAGCCCCACCAAGGUGAGAGAGGCGUCGCUAAACGCCGGAGCCCUCCAGGGAGUCGCAGACGUCAGCAAGUUUCCGACUCACAUUGUCCACAAUGAAGCAUCGCCCGCAACGGAGGACUUGCCCAAGGAGCAACUGGGCACCAGCUACGCCACCAUGACCCCCCUCUGGCAGUCCCAGAGCGACUUCUGCACCCUCAAGCUCAGUCGCUCCGAGUCGGACUUCUCCAAACUCUGCCAGUCCUACUCGGAAGACUUUUCGGAGAACCCGUACUUCAGCCGGACCAACGGCAGCUCGCUCUUGUCUUCCUCCGACCGGGAGCUCUGGCAGAGGACGCACGACGACAGCUCCGCCUGGCACCGCAGUUCGCAGGAGCAGGCCUUUGGCCAAGAAGAGCCCUUCUACCGAGCUGAGGACGAAGCAGACAAUGCCGAAGCCAUGGAUAGUGGCGUCAGCAACGGCCUGCUGUGCGCCUCUGGGGACCGGAGCCAUUACAGCAACUCCCAGGUCUCCUUGGAGGAGGGGGACCUUUCGCCCUGGACGGAGUGGAACCAGCUGGAACAAGACACAGACCUGGGCUUGGACUCCUCCACUCAAGAUGCCUUCACCUACGACCUGAGCAGCUCUUCCGACCAACAGCUAGACUAUGGCCAGAUCUCUGAGGCUCAGUACGACGAUGCGGAAGGCAACGACUUUGCCCUGGACGGUCACUCUCCUUCCGGACAGGAUCUCAGCGGCGAGGCGCAGGACCCGUGGCCCCUCCAGUACAGCGACUAUCCGGAGAGCAACGCCAACACUCUGUACCAGAACCAGAACCGCCCACCCAUCAUGUACCGCAGCCAAAGUGAACUGCCGAGCGACAACACCUCCCUUGAGGAGGUGCCCCCUAAAUCCUGGCACAGCCGGCUGAGCAUCGACCUGUCCGACAAGACGUUCAGCUUCCCUAAAUUCGGGAACACCUUGCAGCGGGCACGGUCUGCGUUGGAGGUGGUCUGGAACAAGAGCACGCAGAGCCUCAGCGGCGGAGAGGAGAACAGCUCCUCGUUCAUGGGGCGCUUCCGGACUUUGUCCCAGUCGACGGCCAACGAGUCGAGCACCACCUUGGAUUCGGAUGUUUACACCGAGCCCUACUACUACAAGGCCGAGGAGGAGGAGGAAGCAGCAUACAGCGAGCCUGUUGCUGAGAACGAGACGGACUACGUGGAGGUCAUGGAGCAAGUUCUGGCCAAGUUGGAGAACCGGACGGGGGCCCAGGAGGCGGAAGGAGAGCCGGCGCCGGAACAGACGCCAGAGGAGACACCAGAGGAGACGCCCUACGAGAGCCCACACGACAGCCUCCCCAGUGCCACCCCCGAAGGGCCUUUCCCCAUUGAGGAGGAGGAGUUGGAGGAAGAAGUCUUGGAGUAUGUGGUCCAUUCCCCCCUCGAGGCGGAAGUGGAAGAAGUGCACGAGGAUGAGAACCGGAAUCUCCCCGAAGUCCCUAUUCCGGCGCCAGUGAAGAAGAAAGUGCGCCCGUCUUUCAAAGAGGCUGCACUGAGGGCCUACAAGAAACAGAUGAGUGAGCUGGAGGAGAAGAUCCUGGCUGGAGACAGCAGUUCUGUGGAUGAAAAGGCCCGCAUUGUCUCUGGCGGACCCCUCCAGGCCUCCAAGCUCGCCAUCCAGGCUUUUGCUGGCCCAAACAGCGCUCUGUACGGGAUCGACAGCAUGCCGGACCUGCGGCGCAAGAAGUCCUUCCCCAUCGUCCGGGACGUGAAGACGCUGGCUGCCCGGAAGUCCGGCAUCUCGCUGGCCAUGCUCAUCCGGACCUCCGUCAACAAUGAGGAGAUGAAAAUGCACGUGUUCAAGAAGACGCUGCAGGCGCUGAUCUACCCGAUGUCCUCCACCACCCCGCACUACUUCGAGGUCUGGACGGCCACGGCCCCCACCUACUGCUACGAGUGCGAGGGGCUGCUCUGGGGCAUUGCCCGGCAAGGCAUGCGCUGCACCGAGUGCGGGGUCAAGUGCCACGAGAAGUGCCAGGACCUGCUCAACGCAGACUGCUUGCAGAGGGCUGCCGAGAAGAGCUCCAAGCACGGGGCAGAGGACAAGACCCAGAACAUCAUUGCGGCCAUGAAGGACCAGAUGAAGGUCCGGGAGAAGAACCACCCGGAGGUCUUUGAGCUGAUCUGGGAGACCUUCCAGAUCCCCAAGGAGGACAUCUCCCAGCACCUGAAGGCAGCCAAGCAGAGCGUCCUGGAGGGGACCUCCAAGUGGUCGGCCAAGAUCACCAUCACGGUGGUGUGUGCCCAGGGCCUGCAGGCCAAGGACAAGACGGGCUCCAGCGACCCCUACGUCACGGUGCAGGUGGGCAAGACCAAGCGCAGGACCAAGACCAUCUUCGGGAACCUGAACCCCACCUGGGAGGAGAAGUUCUUCUUCGAGUGCCACAACUCCACCGACCGCAUCAAGGUCCGGGUCUGGGACGAGGACGACGACAUCAAGUCCCGGGUGAAGCAGCACUUCAAGCGGGAAUCGGACGACUUCCUGGGGCAGACCAUCAUCGAAGUGCGGACGCUGAGCGGAGAGAUGGACGUCUGGUACAACCUCGACAAGCGCACGGACAAGUCUGCCGUGUCGGGGGCCAUCCGGCUGAAGCUCAACGUGGAGAUCAAAGGGGAGGAGAAGGUCUCGCCGUAUCAUAUCCAGUACACCUGCCUCCACGAGAGCCUCUUCCACCACCUGACGGAGGUGAAGUCUGGCGGGGCAGUGCAGAUCCCGUCCGUCAAAGGGGACGACGCCUGGAAGGUCUACUUUGAGGACACUGCUCAGGAGAUCGUGGACGAGUUUGCCAUGCGCUACGGGAUCGAGUACAUCUACCAGGCCAUGACGCACUUCUCCUGCCUCUCCUCCAAGUACAUGUGUCCGGGGGUCCCAGCCGUCACGAGCACCUUGCUGGCCAACAUCAACGCCUUCUACGCCCACACCACGGCCACCACUAACGUCUCCGCCUCCGACCGCUUUGCGGCCACCAACUUCGGGAGGGAAAAGUUUGUCAAACUGCUGGACCAGCUGCACAAUUCCUUGAGGAUUGACCUCUCCAAGUACAGGGAAAACUUCCCCGCCAGCAGCCCUGAGCGGCUCCAGGACCUGAAGUCCACCGUGGAUCUGCUGACGAGCAUCACGUUCUUCCGCCUGAAGGUGCUGGAGCUGCAGAGCCCCCCCAGGGCCAGCGCCGUGGUCAAGGACUGCGUCCGCGCCUGCCUGGACUCCACCUACAGGUACAUCUUCGACAACUGCUACGAACUCUACGCUCAGCUCAUGGACCAGGGCAAGAAGCCAGAGGUGUCGCGGGAGGAACAGGGCCCCACCAUCCAGAACCUGGACUUCUGGACGCAGCUCAUCACCCUCAUGGUCACCAUCAUCGACGAGGACCGGACAGCCUACACACCCGUCUUGAACCAGUUCCCCCAGGAGCUGAACAUGGGCAGGGUCAGCGCGGAGAUCAUGUGGGGCCUCUUUGCCCAGGACAUGAAGUACGCGCUGGAAGAGCAUGAAAAGCAGCGGUUAUGCAAGAGCACCGAUUAUAUGAAUUUGCACUUCAAAGUGAAGUGGUUUUAUAAUGAAUACGUGAGAGAGAUCCCCUCCUUCCGGGACUCGGUGCCCGAAUACUCCCUGUGGUUUGAGCCCUUUGUCAUGCAGUGGCUGGACGAGAAUGAGGACGUCUCCAUGGAGUUCCUCCACGGCGCUUUGGGGCGGGACAAGAAGGACGGGUUCCAGCAGACCUCUGACCACGCGCUCUUCUCCUGCUCCGUGGUGGACGUCUUCACGCAGCUCAACCAGAGCUUCGAGAUCAUCCGGAAGCUGGAGUGCCCCAACCCGGAGGCCCUCUCCCACCUCAUGAGGAGGUUUGCCAAGACCAUCCACAAAGUGCUCACUCAAUACGCCGUCAUCGUCACGAACGACUUCAGCUCUUACUGUGACAGAGAAAACCUGCCCUGCAUCCUGAUGAACAACAUCCAGCAACUGCGGGUCCAGCUGGAGAAGAUGUUUGAAGCCAUGGGGGGCAAGGAGAAGCAAGAAGGAGAGCGGUUUUCUUAUGAGCUGGACCCCGAGGCCAGCUCCGCCCUCAAGGACCUGCAGGCCAAGCUCAGCGGCGUCCUGGACGACCUCAGCGUCAUCUACGGAGACAGUUUCCAGCCGGUGGUCGGGGAGUGCGUGAGGCAGAUGGCGGCCGAGCUGAACCAGCUGAAGGCGGAGAACAACAAGGGCAACUGCGUGGUGGAAGCCGAGAUCGUCCUGCGACCGCUGAUGGACUUCCUUGACAAAACGUUAAGCGCCUCGGCCAAAAUCUGCGAGAAGACGGUGCUCAAGCGGGUCUUGAAGGAGCUCUGGAAGCUGGUGCUGAACACCAUCGAGAAGCAGAUCGUCCUCCCGCCCUUGACCGACCAAACCGGGCCUCCCAUGCUUCUCAGCGCAGCCAAAGACUUCGGCCAGCUCUCCAAGCUGAAGGACCACGUCAUCCGGGAAGACACCAAGAGCCUGUCGCUGAGGCAGUGUGCCGUCAUGGACGUGGUCCUGGCCACCAUUAAGCAAUACUUCCAUGCCGGAGGGAGCGGCCUGAAGAAGACCUUCCUGGAGAAGAGCCCCGACAUGCAGUCGCUCAAGUACGCCCUCAACCUCUACACGCAGACCACCGACGUCCUGAUCACCAAGUUCAUCGACACCCAGGCGACGCAAAAUCAAGGGACAGAGAAGCCGGUGGGGGAGAUCAACGUCCAGCUGGAGGUCGUUCCGCAGCCCGGGACCGGAGAGCACAAAGUGACCAUCAAAGUGAUCGCCAUCAACAAGCUGCAGUGGCAGACGAGCAACAUGUUCCGCCCCUUCGUGGAGGUCUUCCUCCUGGGCCCCAGCCUGAGCGACAAGCGCCGGAGGCACGGCACCAAGACCAAGAGCAACACCUGGUCGCCCAAGUACAACGAGACCUUCCAGUUCGUGGUGGGCAAGGAGGAGCGCCCGGGGGCCUACGAGGUGCACCUGGUGGUGAAGGACUACUGCUUCGCCCGCGAGGACCGCGUCAUCGGCAUGGCCGUCUUCCAGCUGCGCAGCCUGGCGGCCGAGAGGGGCCCCAGCGCGGCCUGGCACCCCUUGCGCCGGAGCCUCCGCACGGACGAGACCGGCCUGACCAUCCUGCGCAUCCUCUCCCAGAGGACCCACGACGACGUGGCCAAGGAGUUCGUCCGGCUCAAGACGGAGACGCGGUCCCCGGAAGAAACCGCCUGAGACGAGAGGAGAGGAGAGGGAGGGGCCUCCGUCGGCCCGCCUGACCGUAUGUCCGUCCGUCCGUCUGCCCGUCCGACCCAUGCAUGCGUGUGCCAGUCCGCUGUGGGAAUGUUUACCUCGCUCUGUCUCUUGUGUUUAUGCCGGAAACGUAAAAAAAAAAAGCGCUCUUUUCUCGCGGCCUUUUUUCGGGAGGGCCCUUGAAAAAAAUAACGAGUCUUGUUGUCUCAAACAAAGUGCCAAAACUGCCGCCGGCGGCGGAAGCAGCGGGCAAGCGAGCGAAUGAGCGAGCGGGCCUCUUGGCGCCGUCCGGAAGUGUUGCUUUUGUGUCGCGUCGUCCUCCCUCCGUCCCGUCCCGUCCCGUCCACUUGCCCGCCUUUGUCGUGGGGUCGCGUCGUCCCGCUCCGGACGGCGCUCCAUUUUAUGCAAGCUCCAUUCGAACCUUCGCUCCCCAGGUGAAGAAGAAGAAGAAGAAAAAAAGGUCUUUUUCUACCAUAUCUUAACAGGUGCAGUUCCUUCCGGAAGGGGAAAAAAAGGGUUUGUAAUUUUAUAAAUUGCCAAAACAGUUUUUUGCAUACAAACUUUAACAGAAAAAUAAGAGAGAGGAGGCGGAAGUGUUUUGUGCAGACCUUAGUUUUGCCCCCAAAACCUCUCAUCUCUUUAUCACUGUGAAGUAGAAUCCCCCCACUGUCAGCCCCAUUGGAGGGUCACGUCGCGCCCCCAAACUGCCAAGCGGACCCCCAUUACGGAGGCAAUAGGAAGCCCCGGUCCCCCAUUGAGGGCCAGCAGAAGCAAGGGGGUCGGUGGCCUCUUCCAGUGAAGUCAAUGGGGGCCAAAGGGGUCCCCAAGCAACGGAGGAGGAGGAGGAGGCAAAUAAUGGGGUCGGGGUCUCCAGAGGAAGGGCAAAGGGGUCACUGGCUCAGGGUUUCCUCCAGGAGGGGGUCUCUCUCUUUCUCUCUCCUUUGGGCAGGAAAAUGGGGUCCCGCCCCGUCCCCCCAAUAGGCCUCUAUGGGUCACAAGGGGCCCUUGGUGGUGCCAAUGCUGCGUCUGGACAAUACAGGGUUAAUGGAAAGCAUGGAGUAGGUCAAUGGGGAGGGGGCUCCCGUCCGGAGACCCCUCCUCCCCAAGGAAUGAUAUUUUCUCUUUUCUUUUUCGUUUUGGUGCGGUUUGACAUUUGCCAUCCUUCGCUGGGAAACGGGGCCUCGGUUCAGUGCUUUAUUUCUUACUUUUCGUUUUUCAUACAAACGUUCGGAAGGUUUCUACUUAUGCAACAUGCCUGUGUCCUGCACUGAGGCAACAAAAAACAAAACAAAACAAUAAAACAAAUUGAAAAUAUAACCUCCAUGUGCUGUAAAUACCUUUCAUGAGAAAUUGUACAAUAAAGCAAGAGGAAACUGC